AUGGUCCGGAUUCCAAGUCUAGUUGCUGCCGCGGCAUUGGCGUCAUCAGCUCUCGGAAUUGUAGUAUCUGAGGUCCAACAGUAUGCCUGGACUGACCUAGCCAUCUCUUCCCGCCCAGACGGCCGCUACAUGCACCGCACUACAAGUGGCGAGCCCUUUCUUUGGAUCGCCGAUACGAACUGGGAAAUGUUCCAUCGCAUGAACCACACCGAUAUUGACCUUUAUUUUGCGGACCGCUCUGCGAAAGGUUUCAAUGUUAUACAGGCGGUGUUGCUGUCAAAGUACAAUGUCACAACCGCCCCCAACUUCUUUGGCGACCUAGCAAUCGACAACAGCGAUCCAAUGCAACCAAAUGAAGGAUACUUUUCCUUUGUCGAUUGGGUUGUUGCCAGAGCGGCUGAGUAUGAUAUCUUGGUCUGUCUCGUACCGGUUUGGGGACGUUAUGUCAGUGCAGGGUGGUACGGCACCAUUGGACCACGGCUUUUUGACAAAGACAACGCGUACUGGCUCGGACAAUAUAUCGGCAAGAGAUAUCCCGGACUUACCAAGAUGCUGGGAGGCGACACAAACGGAUUUUGGGCCAACAACGUCCCUCAAGCACGCCAGGCCUGGCGGGACGACCCAUAUGGAGAUCCGACCAAGCUCCUCGAUCCCAUUGAGGAUACUCGCGAAAUUUGGGCCGCCAUGAUGAAAGGAUUCAAGGAGGAGGAAGCAAAAGCCGGCUAUGAGGCCUUUGUUACUUUCCAGCCUACUAACCCUUGGAUCUCGGACCCUCCCACUCCUCUGCCGUACGGCCACAACUACAUAAACGGCAGUCUUGGGACCUUGUCAAUGGAUGCGGUGCAGUCCGGCCAUGAGAGCCCAGACCCAGAUGGAAUUGAUGCAAACUUUACGGUUCUCACGCCUUGGGACUCCAACAAGAAUUAUGAAAAUAUCAUUCAGAUGCGCGAACAGUUCUCAGGCCCUGUCAUGGAUGUGGAGAACCAUUAUGAGCUUGCCCAUGACAGUUUCGAUCCUUCCAAGCCAUUGUGGAAUGCUUCCCACGUCCGUCACGGCUUCUAUCCCGCUCUUCUGAGCGGCGCCUGCGGUAUUACCUACGGCAGUUUGCCAGUACAGCAGACCUAUACCAGGCUAGAGCUUGUGGCCAGUCCAGAGCACUACUGGGAACCGCAGCUGGGCCUGGAGGCAAACACCAGUUGGCAGGAGGGAAUUCAUCUCCCUGGGGCGAAGCAAACUGGCUACGUGGGCAAGCUCUUUGCUUUGCUUUCCGACGAGGAGUUUGACGGCCUAGAGCCAGCCCGCGAGUACAUAUCGUCGUCUGCAGACGCAGAGGAAGACGUGAUGCAGUACACAGGUACUCGCUAUGUGGCUGGCAUGGUGACCAAGGGACAAUACUGGGUCUAUACAGGAUUUGGAGACACCUUUCAGAUUGACCUCGGUGCACUCGCCAGUCGCUGGCAAUCCCUAGACACCCUCUACACUGCGCAUUGGUUUGAUCCCCGGACCGGGAAGCUUCAGUACGCGAACUCGGAGAAGCCCCGGCUUGCCAUUGGUCAGAGAACAUUUGUGCCCCCGACUUAUGGAGGAGUAGACCAUGACUGGGUCCUAGUCAUUACGGCCGAGCAUUUAUGCACAUGGUUCAGCCUUGCGAUCAGAUCCAUACGCGGGACAUGA